AUGCAAAACAUCAACAGGCCAGUCGAGGAAUGCUUGAGAAGCAUGGCUGGUACACAAUACGUUCUUUGGCAUGCUCAACCGCCGUUAUUUGUCAUUUGUAAACAAAGAAGAAAUAAUACACUAAACGUAACUCCACUGGCCUACUAUUAUAUUAUUAACGGACUUUGCCUUCAAGCACCAGAUAUGUAUUCUGUAGUCCAAUCGAAGUUGCUAGGGGCCCUCGAACCGCUUCGAAAUGCAUUCCAAGAAGUUACAAAUUAUUCCAGAUAUAACGCGGCCAAAGGAUAUUACUGGGAAUUCAAAUCAAACAAAGGAAAGAAAAAAGAGGACGAAACGAAGGAUGAGGAAAAAAUGAAAGCUGAAAGAGCGACGAUGUUCCAACAAACGCGCACCAAUAUGAUUCUCUACCAGCUGCGCGAUGAAAUGCCUCCAGAAGACGCGCUGGAACCAGAAAUAGAAAAAGCUAGUGAUGAGGUUGAAGAGUUAUCACACAACGAAUAA